CUUCCAGUGCCCCUUUCCCAGCUCCCAGUACCUCCCAGUUUGCCCCCCUCCAAUAAUGCCCCUUCGAUUUGCCCCCCUUCGCCUCCCCCUUCGCCGCCGCCUCCAAACUUUGGCUGUGCUGCAAUGGGUCUUCUCCUUCUUGGCCCUCGGCCAGCUGUGCACGCUGAUGUUCGCGCUGGCGCUGCGCGGUUCGCUCUGGCUGCCGGCGCUGCUCUAUGGGCUGUGGCUGCUGGCGGACCGGGACACGCCGCGCCGUGGGGGGCGCUCGAGCGCCUGGGUGCGAGGGUGGACGCUCUGGCACCACUUCCGGGAUUACUUUCCCAUCUCGCUGGUGCGCACGGCGGAGCUGAACCCCCAUCGCAAUUACAUUUUGGGGUUCCACCCUCACGGCGUUUUGGCUGCCGGCGCCUUUGCCAACUUCUGCACCGAAGCCACCGGUUUUGGGGAGCUCUUCCCGGGGCUUCACCCCCAUCUCCUCACCCUCCCCUGCUGGUUCCGACUCCCCCUUUUCCGUGACUACAUGCUGGCUGGGGGGCUGGUGUCCUCGGAGAAGUCGAGCCUGGAGUAUCUGCUGAGCCGUGAAAGUGGGGGGCAGGCAGCCAUCAUCGCUUUGGGGGGGCCCCCCGAAUCCUUGGAUGCGCACCCUGGGGCCCUCACCCUCCAACUUUUGGGGCGCAAAGGCUUCGUCCGCAUCGCCCUGGAGUACGGGGCCCCCCUAGUUCCAGUCUUUUCUUUUGGGGAGAACGAAUUAUUCCAGCAAGUUCCGAACCCCCCCGGUUCAGGGCUUCGACGCCUCCAGCUUUGGCUCCAGCGGAUUUUGGGGUUCGCGCUCCCCCUUUUUCAUGCUCGGGGGGUUUUUCAGUACAGUUUCGGGCUUUUACCUUUCCGACGCCCCAUCCACACCGUGGUGGGAUCCCCCCUGGAGCUGCCGCACACCCCAAAUCCACCACCCGAGGCUGUGGAUCUUUGGCAUCGCCGUUACCUCAAAAGUCUGGUUGAUCUCUUCGAGGAGCAUAAAUUGAGGUACGGGGUCCCCCCAAAUCGACACCUCAGCUUCGUCUGAGUGGGGGCACCCCAAAAUCCACCUCCUGCACCCCCAAAAUCUGGGGGAGGAGGCCCAAAUCCACUUCAAUAAAGCAGCUUGG